UUUGCCCUGGGUGACACCGCCAGUCCCUUUUGAUCAGCACACCGCCAUAUCGCUCACAUGUCCCUAUAUCUUGCACACUCAAGGAACAUACAGUACUUUAGGUGACAAUCUACCCCGGUAGACCAUGACACACGGAUGAUGGUCGGAAUGGUUUUCUCGUGACAGUGCAGAGCUCAACUCGUCUUAGCAGCUACCGACUAGACUAGACUGACUGACUUGGACCAGCGCCGUCGGCAUGGAUCCACCAUGUACAAACACGGAGGCAGAAAAGGCCAGACUGAUAACAUAUGAAGAACCAGUGUCACGCUACGACAGUGUUAGCCUGUCCGAUCCCGAUCCGGAGUCUGUCCACAUUCAGGUGCCGGAGAAACAGGAGAGACACCUAGCGAACGGUCCAACCUCGCAGAAUCCGGUACGCCGCCGCCGAAAACUCACACUCGUGGCUCUGGCGACCAUGAACUUCGCCGCGUGCACGUGUUAUGCCAUCCCGGCUCCAUUCUUUCCUGGAGAGGCCCAGAGCAGAGGAGUUAGCGACACCGCUGUAGGACUCGUGUUCGGAACCUACGCUUUCUUCUGUAUGGUUACGGGUCCGAUCUACGGAAAAUACAUCAACCUUAUCGGGGCAAAGUUCAUGUUAAUAGCAGGGAUGUUCGUGUCAGGGAGCUGCUCAGUUCUGUUCGGCAUGCUGGACUACAUGGAAGGGACAGUUUUCCUGGCGUUCUGUUUCCUCAUCAGAGGUAUGGAGGCUGUGGGCGUGUCCGCCUGCUACACGGCCAGCUUCGCCAUCAUGGCCAAGGAGUUUCCGGACAACGUGGCGACGGUGUUGGGUACUCUGGAGAUAUUUACGGGUGCAGGAAUGAUGAUCGGCCCACCUGUUGGAGGAGCUCUAUAUUCGCUUGGUGGGUACAAAGUGCCGUUCUUGGUCGUUGGUGGCUUCAUGUUGAUCUGUGCGGUGUUCAUGCCGUUUAUAUUACCGACACAGUUAGAUCGCGACGACGUCACAGAGGAAACUGCAUCGCUAGUGGCGCUGCUGAAAAUUCCAUCGACAUACGUAUCAAGUUUGGCGAUCGUGACAUGUGCGGCAGUCUAUGCAUUUCUGGAGCCGACACUCCAACCCUAUUUAAACCUGAAGUUUGACAUGACGGAGGCGCAGGUGGGUCUGAUCUUCCUGCUGAGCGUGGGUCUGUACACCCUGUCUGCGCCGCUGUGGGGAUGGCUGACGGACAGGGGGCUAUUUCCGCGGCUCACCAUGGUCCUCGGACUGCUGUUCACUGCAGCGUCCUAUUUGUUAAUUGGCCCGUCUCCUCUUUUAGAAGGCAUCUUUGUGACGGGAGACGCGCUGUGGAUGGUGCUGGUGGGGCUGGGGUUAUCCGGGGUCAGCCUGGGCGCCGCACUCGUCCCAACCUUCUCUGAACUCCUGAUAUCGGCAAGAGAGGCUGGUUUAGAAGAGGACAGUCUGGCGACAUACGGCCUGGUGUCGGGGGUGUACAACUGUAUGUACUCUUUAGGGGAGUUCAUUGGUCCGACACUUGGCGGCUUCCUUGACGACCAGUAUCAGUUCCCAAUCGCGUCAACUGCCACUGCUGGAUUUGGAGGAGUUGUUGUCAUAGGGAUGUCAUUUUUCUAUCUCUGCGAAAGCCGGUCGCGGAAAGAGUCACCCAGUUCCCAAGACGACGCCAGUAGUAGCCGUUAGCAUCAUUUUAUCAGACAUUUGCUGCAGAAGGUGGUGGUUAUUAUCAGGUGGUCGUGUACGUGUAGCUGCAUGCGUUCAUCAUCUCUGCCAGAGGUCGCUGCUUCAGUAUGACGUAAUACGUAAUAUGAGCAGCUGGAUUGACUAUCUUAGCAAUUGUUUCGGAGGUUCCAAACUGCAACGGCGUUGUACUAUAUCUAUAACAUUGCCUCUAUUUUUCCAUGUGACAUUUGAGUCAAGCUGUAUCGAUAGGUUUCUCAGCUAUGUGUUAUCACUUCGAAAGUACAGUGCUGUACUGGGUUGUUUUAGACAAAUAACGCUAGCCACACGCGUCGAGGUACGCCCAUCAUGGCACCAUCAUCGGUGAACUAAAGUACGGGGUCUCUUGAUAGUGUUUGCUAGGUAAACCUACAGCUAGUGAUACCCUGCGUCUAAAGUACGAAACUCGAAAUCUCCCAACAACAGUGUUAAACGUGAGUCAGUACACGCAAUUUAAACGGUUCACUUGACACCAAACGACAGGUCCCUUUGCAGUAACUUUCCAACUCACUGAAAGUCCUAAGCUUGGCAUACAGCCAAACAUCUAGUCCAUUCUUUUCUCUGUUAGGACAACUGACGGGCAAAUAUUUGCCAUUAAAAUCAAUACGUAAAGGUGUUGCCGUCUGAGUACUUUCUGCAGUUGUACUU